AUGACUUUGGGUGAUAACACUGAUGAUCGUGUGAUUGAUGAAAUUAAAGAAUACCAAAAUGCAAGAUGGAUCUUGCCCCCUGAAGCUGCAUGGCGCAUAUUUGGAUUUGCAAUUGCAGAGAUGAAGCCUGCUGUUAUACAGUUACAGAUACAUUUAGAAAACUCACAAUAUAUCAAUUUUUAUGGCCAUGAAAGGAUAACCUACAUAGUAAGCAGAGAAGAGUCAUCUCGUACUAUGUUAACUGAAUUCUUUGCAAUGAAUCUUUCAAGUGAUUUUGCAAGAACUUUGAACUUGCUUUAUGUAGAAUUCCCUUGCUAUUUUGUUUGGUGUAAGUCAAGCAAGUCUUGGAAACCUAGAAAACAGCUUACAGUUAUAGGCAGACUUGUUGCUGUUAAUCCAACUGAGGGAGAACGGUAUUAUCUACGACUGUUAUUAAUGAAUGUCAGGGCCCCAACUUCGUUUGAUUGUUUAAGAACUGUCAAUGGUCAAAUCACUUCAUCUUUUCGUGAUGCUGCUGAGAAACUAGGAUUACUUGCAGGAGAUUUCAUUGUUGAAGCAUCGUUGAAUGAAGCAGUAUUAUUCCAAAUGCCUUCAAGUUUGCGGACUUUUUUUGCAACGCUUCUCAUCUUUUGUGAUAUUUCCAAUCCUAUUUCAUUAUGGAUGAAAUACAAAACACACAUGUGUCAAGACUUAUUAAGGACAGGCUUGCACACCAAUGCUGAGGCUGAAUCAUUAGUCUUAAAGAUGAUUGCUAAUAUAGUACAAGAAAUGGGCAAGAAAACGAAAGACUUCUGCCUAUUUGAUCUUUUGGAAUCUUAUGAUUUCCCAGGACGUGUUACUAAUGAGAUUUUACAUGAAAAGAACCUUCCAGUUUCUGAGGCAGAUCUUUUAGCUAUUCACAAACUUAAUGCUUGCCAGCGAGCAGCUUUCAAAACUAUAACAGAUGCUGUUUUAGGUAAUAAACCUAGUGCAUUUUUUGUUGAUGGCCCUGGUGGUACAGGAAAAACAUUCUUAUAUCGCUGUUUACUAGCAUUUGUACGUUCUAAAGGUUUGAUCGCCCUUGCAACUGCAACUUCUGGCAUAGCUGCAUCUAUACUACCUGGCGGUCGCACAUCACAUUCUCGCUUCAAGCUCCCACUUGAUGGCACUGAUAAGUAUGUAUGUAAUAUAGGUAAACAUACUGCUGAUGUGAGUUUACUUCGCCAUAGUAAAUUGAUUCUUUGGGAUGAAGCAUCCAUGGCACAUAGGAAUAUAGUUGAGAGCCUUGAUAUAACACUUAAAGAUAUAAUGGAUUGUCAAGAUUUAUUUGGGGGAAAAGUCAUUGUAUUUGGAGGAGAUUUUAGGCAGACAUUACCAGUUGUAAGACAUGGAAAGAAGGAAGAUUUCAUUGCAGCAUCUUUGGUUAAGUCAACUUCUAUAUGGCCGCACAUUUGUCGUUUGACUUUAGUUGAGAACAUGCGUGCACAGGCUUAUCCUACAUUUGCAAGUUACUUGAUGAAGAUAGGUAAUGGCACAGAACCUGCUAUUUACCAAAACAAAAUAAAAGUGCCUUCUCAAUUUCUUGUACAAAAAUGUGGAUCAAAGUCUUCGUUAUAUGCAUUGUUUGAUGUUGUAUACCCUGAUUUACAUUGUUUCUUCAAUGACCCAUAUCUACUGAUGGACAGAGCAAUUUUGACAACGAAGAAUGAAUUNGCAUUAAUUCGGAAAUAUCAGGAAAUGUAUGACUUUGCAACGAACUCUUAUGAAUUGUUGAAUUAA